GUGUGCGCUGAAUACUGCUUUAAUUUUUAAUUUCUCUUCCUUCAGUCCAAAUUCAACUGAAUACAACUCUCAACUCGCCGCCCUCCAGUAUUCAGUUUUUGUUUUGCUUUGUCAAUCAUCAUAUCAUUUAUCUCCAUUAUAUCUGUAAGCCCAGAAUCUUCUUGAUUUAUCAAACAACAAAAAAGAGAAAGAUGGGAAUUUCAUCAGAGAUGAGGGACUCGUGGGCAAAGCGAAGGGAAUCUUUGUUGAUUGCUUCUGCAUUUGAGGAGGACAGAAUUCGCAAGUCUAGGGAAUGUACUCAAGAGGGUGUCCGUGCGGGAAGUAAAGCAGCUGCAAUUGCAUGUGUUGCUAGUGCAAUUCCUACGUUGGUUGCUGUGCGGACAAUUCCUUGGGCAAAGGCAAAUCUCAAUUAUACUGCUCAAGCACUCAUCAUAUCUGCUGCUUCCAUUGCUGCAUACUUCAUUACUGCUGACAAGACAAUCUUGGAAUGCGCAAGGAGAAACACUCACUACGAUAAAUCUGCUUAAAACACUAGUCCGGAGAUCCUAAUAUGCUCGUUGUGAGAGCAUACACUGGUGCUCCAUUACUAUGUACUCUGGCUUAAAAGGAUAACUGAGGAAGUUUUAUUAAUUUGUUGAUCAUAGCACAAAAAUGCCAGUUUGGAUUUGUAACAUGUAUGAGUAAUCUUCCCCACAAUAAUCAUUUUACUUGUUUUCCUCUUUUCUGUAUA